UACAGCGUCUGAUGAGCCCGACGGUGCCAGGAAACAGAGCUACCUAUUUCAUAUUGUUUUUUUUGCCAUUUGUACCGGAGAACCGCUGCACCUGCAGUGUUAAGAAGAUAGCUAAUAUAUUGACACAUCAUUGAAUGAUAUCCUGCUAUCAGUGGCUGAAGAAUGUCGCCAUGUUGUUUGUUUUUGCUCCGGGCUAUGUUUAGUGUGUAGCUGCCAGGGUAACAGCGAGCUAAAUAACUGUCUUGUCUGCCUCCGUUUUUAGGCAGACAAGACGUUUUAACACAUCUUUUUCUUUCACUUUUCUAUUGGGGGCUGGCGGCAAGCCACUCGUUUACUCUGGAGCAGGACACGGAGGAGGGUAUGGCCAUGACAGGAGGGACUGCAGCCGCCCUCCCGAUGAGUAACCACACCCGAGAGAGGGUGACGGUGGCCAAGCUGACGCUGGAGAACUUCUACAGCACGCUGCUCACGCAACACGAGGAGCGGGAGACGAGGCAGAAGAAGCUGGAGAAGGCCAUGGAUGAUGAGGGCUUACCAGAUGAUGAGAAAGUAAUGCGCCGUUCGCAGCACGCUCGCAAGGAGACGGAGUUCUUGAGGCUGAAGAGGACGCGGCUGGGCUUGGAUGACUUUGAAUCUCUUAAAGUCAUCGGGCGCGGUGCUUUUGGAGAAGUGCGUUUGGUGCAGAAAAAGGACACCGGGCACAUUUACGCCAUGAAGAUUUUAAGAAAAGCUGACAUGCUGGAAAAAGAGCAGGUCGCACACAUCAGGGCAGAAAGGGAUAUUCUGGUGGAAGCAGACGGCGCCUGGGUCGUUAAGAUGUUUUACAGCUUCCAGGACAAGAGGAACCUCUACCUCAUCAUGGAAUUUCUACCUGGAGGUGACAUGAUGACCCUGCUGAUGAAGAAGGACACCCUGUCAGAAGAAGCCACCCAGUUCUACAUAGCAGAGACGGUCCUGGCCAUUGACUCCAUCCACCAGCUGGGCUUCAUCCACCGAGACAUCAAACCGGACAACCUGCUGCUCGACUCCCGGGGCCAUGUGAAGCUGUCUGACUUUGGUCUCUGUACCGGACUGAAGAAAGCUCACCGCACGGAAUUUUACAGAAACUUGACACACAACCCACCGAGUGACUUUUCUUUUCAAAACAUGAACUCCAAGCGGAAAGCAGAAACCUGGAAGAAGAAUCGGAGACAGCUGGCUUAUUCCACCGUGGGAACACCAGACUACAUUGCCCCGGAAGUUUUCCUGCAGACGGGCUACAACAAGCUGUGCGACUGGUGGUCUCUGGGGGUCAUCAUGUACGAAAUGCUGAUCGGCUAUCCGCCGUUUUGCUCCGAGACGCCGCAGGAGACGUAUAGGAAAGUGAUGAACUGGAAGGAAACCCUCGUCUUUCCACCCGAAGUCCCUAUCUCAGAGAGAGCCAAGGAUUUGAUAUUACGGUAUUGCACUGAUGCUGAGAACAGAAUCGGGGCCGGCAGUGUGGAGGAGAUCAAAAGCUAUUCGUUCUUUGAGUCCGUAGACUGGGAGCACAUCCGAGAACGACCCGCAGCCAUCUCCAUCGAAAUCAAAAGCAUCGACGACACGUCCAAUUUUGAUGACUUCCCCGAGUCCGACAUCCUGCAGCCAGCCAAUGCAACAGAACCGGACUUCAAGUCCAAGGAUUGGGUGUUCCUCAACUACACCUACAAGCGCUUCGAGGGCCUGACUCAACGAGGCACCAUUCCCACAUACGUGAAGCCCGGGAAGGCCUGACCGGAUCAAAAGCUGAGUAUUGGGGGAAAAAAAGACAUUUACGGACUAACAGGGUCUGGCCUCAGAGGGCUCCAGCUGGUGCUGAAGGUGCUCUCCGCCGACUGUACGUAUAAUCCACCCCUCAUCGUUAGCGCCCGCAGAAGUUAGUUAGCGCAUGACCUCGCUUGUCUGCCGCAGCUCUCAGACUUUAUGUGCAUGCGCCAACCUCACAAUCACCACUUCCACCAUGAACGCAGGUAGCUGAAGGAGCAAUUAUGCAAAACAAGCACCUGCAUCUGUACACUCUGGAACAUUCUAGAACACGUCCUCUCAAAGGAAGGUUUCAGCAUCCUUUGGCUUGUUAACGUCCUUUUCAGCUUGUUUUACCAAGCCAGUUUUGAUAUAUUUUCCACAAUAAUAGACUUCGUUGUAACCUCAUGUUUCCCCUUCGCAAAAAAAAACCACUUCAAAGUAGAGAUUGACCGAUUAUUGGCCGAUAAUCGACGCCAAUAUUUGGCAUUUUCACGUUUAUCAGUAUUAACUUUUUUUUGAUCGCUAUUGUCAGGUUCAAACACUGAUGACAUUUAUUAAACAGACAAAGAAGCAAGGAAUUAAACAGAGACAGAAUUCAAUUUAGCUCAAUUGAGGAGAAACGUCUGGGCUGUACUCUUGUACAGUCUCCCACCACGCUCUGACGAAAGAUAGUACGCCUCCUCUUUUAUUUGGACUUUCCCUGAUUACAUGGCGACAGCUGUUUCUAAAGGAAGGGGGUCGUAAACAGCCGCUGCAUUUGGUCACAAAAUAGUUCAAAGAAAAGGUGCCUGGAGGGGGAGUCAGGCCCUGCUUCCUCUCCGCUUUGUAGAUCUCGGGUCAAGACAAAAUCUUCCUGUGGAUUACAAUACAUCAAAGAAACCGACACCUUCAUGUCGCUUCCCAUCCUACACAGUGGAGUUUUACAAGCCUUUUGAUUGGUAAGAUCAAAGUCAGCUUUUGUCUGCUCGCUGGGAACUCAUUGAAACACAAAGUUUUGUGAUAACUUAGAUACAAUUAUUCUGACAGCUAUCAGCCUUCUUUCUUUUUAUAUAUAUAUAUAUAUACUACAACAGAACUACAUCAGCAGAUACAAUACAUACACAUGUUAUACCAGUAUUUAUUAUUAAAGAAUACAUCAUUAUUGAAGUAGAUAGUGCUUAUUACUUAUUAAAAGGGCUGCAGCCCAUUUUUUCAUUUCUUAAAUUCAUUUAAUAAAUAACUAAAGGCUUAGUGGCCACAUGCGUGGACAGCACCUUUUAGCUCUUAUUUCCAAAAUUGUGUACGCUACUGAAUAGGGGUCUUAUGGCCGCUUAUGUGGACACUUAUACUGCCAUCUGGUGGUGUCAGAAGAGUAUAACAUACAAUGGAAUUUGGAGAAAAAAAAGUGUAAAAAUAAGAAUUAGCAUGUCACUAAACAUGAAGUACACGUUUGUGUACUUAUGGACUAAGUACAUCAUAUCAAAAGAUGAUUCGUAGUUUUUAUUCUAAUUAGGGUCCAAUAAGCCCAAAUAGCAAAGAGAAAUAAAAAAAGCAAGUAAACAAACAGCUUGGGCCUUAAGAGGUUGUUAAUCAAAAAUACUCUCAUCAUCAAUAACUUUCCCCAAAUAUGUUUUGACAUCUGACAUGGCAUUUAUUUGAGUUCUUGCCAGGAUUCUUCUCCCCUUUCUCUCCCUCCUGCAGUGCUGGACGCCUGCAGUGCGUCUCCUCUGCUUUCCCGUCAAACUUCCAAUAUCUGCCGGAAAAUCCAGUUUUUGUCCUUCUUUCCUGUGGGCUCAUUAAGGGAGCGCCGCGAGUUCCGUGAUUCCAUCAAAAUAAUGCGACAGAUGGACGGUCAUGAAAACGAUAGAAAAGAUGUCUCUGGCAAAAAUCCGAACUUUGUGUAAAUAUCCAGGCAAAGAAGAGACUUACUGUAUUUUCCGGACUAUCGAGCCCACCGGUAUAUAAACCGCACCCACUAAAUUUUAGAAGAAAACAAUAUUUCCCAUGUAUUAGCCGCACCGGACUAUAAGCCACAGGUAUAUACGUUGUGAAAUUAGUUAUUUACACAGAUAUAUUCUGUAAAUGUUUAUUUACAUGCCUUAAUUGUUUUCAAACAGUGUUUGUAACAAGGCAGUAAAACGGCUGAUCAAACAAAACAGAAGUCAUGGUCAUGGACCCACUUGCUGUGGAUGCUAGCUUUCCAAUUAGCUUGACAGACUGAAUAACUCCUCUGUGACUUUUUGGUGAAUUUACUGAGGAGUUUGUGAAACUGAAACGAUACAAAAAAGAAUGCCAUUGUAAGUUAAUAAUACUAACACAGACACUGGUAAAUGUGUUAGCAUAUUAGCUGAUGCUAACUAUGCUUGCAUCAUUCCUUUACGAUAGCACAUUUUUGAUUGAUUGAAACUUUUAUUAGAUUGCACAGUACAGUACAUAUUCCGUACAUUUGACCACUAAAUGGUAACACCCGAAUAAGUUUUUCAACUUGUUUAAGUCGGGGUCCACGUUAAUCAAUUCAUGGUAGUACAAAUAUGCAUGAAAACACUCCUACAGACAUCACACAUGGGGCGCUUUAGUAAGUAAGAAUUGUUUUUUGUUAUAUUGUAAAACUUACAAACGUUGCUUGUAGUGACGAAUGAAGAAUCCAUACCAGUAGAACCGCUAUGGACGGCACUUUCGCUUCCGGUUCAAAGCUCGGUCUUAACAGAAGGACACUGCAAUACCUGCAGAAGAUGGCGCCGUAGCACGAACAAUAACACACCUUUUCAGUGUGUUUGCUUUUUGGCCGUCAGCAAAGAUAAUACCAUAAAUUAGUUUUAUAAGACGCAGGGUUCAAAAACGUAGGAAAAAAGUAGAGACUUAUAGUCCUUCUUUACUGUAAGUAAAAAAAGAGCAGGCAGCAGCUCACACAUUCUCAUACUUUCUGUAACAUCCAGAAAGUACUGAAAAAUGCCUCAACUAUAAUCUACGUGAAGGAGCCCAGAAUAGUUUUUAUGUAAAUGUUGACAAUAUUUCAAAAACCUUACAAUGUAUUAAAUCCAUAAAAUGGUAUAAAAUGGAGUAGAUGAUUGAGCUUUUUUAUUUUUAUUUUUUUUAUUACUCCCAUUUUUUUAUUUUUCUUUUUUUUUCAUUUAUUUAUUUAUUUCAGGCAAUGACAUAAAGAAGUACACGUUGACAAAACAUCCAUCCAUCCAUUUUCUACCGCUUAUUCCCUUUGGGGUCGCGGGGGGCGCUGGAGCCUAUCUCAGCUACAAGGGCCAACACAGAUAGACAGACAACAUUCACACUCACAUAAUAAUAUAAAUUAAUAUAAUGCAUGAUUGUCCAGUUUUGCCUGAAAGCGAGUGGGAAGAAGAUAAUUUAUUUAAUCCCACCCCCAGUUCUCCAUUCAGUUUCACUCUUACUUUGUUCAAGGAUUAUAAUACAGAUGUUGUAUCAUGGUGGCAUUACCACAGGUAACAAUAAUUAUUACACUGUAACAAUCAUUUGUAUCAACAAUGUAGGAAUAAUGAAUAUACCAACAAUGGUAUUAGACAACAUAGCAAUAAUGGUAAGGAAACAUUGAGCACAUGUUAACACUUUGAGACAGAGUAUAGCAUCAGGUCAAAUUAAAGACCCUCCUCUCUAUAUUUGAACCAAACCCCAUGUUUGUAUAAUAGUUUAAAUCCAUUAAUAGUUUGGCAUUGCUUGUGUUGUAAGUCCAGUUUGUUCCAUAGUUUUACUCCGCAUACAGACACACAAAAACGUUCACGAGCGCUUUGAGCUCUCGGCAAUAAGAAAUAUCCAAAGCAUCUCAAGUUAUGAGCCUGCAUUCGUCUUAUUAAAAAAACGUAGAUUAGGCGGCAAUAAUUUGUUAAAUGCUUUAUAUAAGAUUAUUAAUGUAUUAUAUUUAACAAGGUCAUCAAAUUUGAGCAACUUUGAUUGCAUAAACAGAUUAUGAGUAUAUCCGCACUGCUCUUUUCUGUAAUAUGAUCAAAGGAUGAAUUGUGUUGUGGUAAGUAUUCCCCCUGUACUUCAACACAGUAUGUAAGGUAUGGCAGUACCAAGGUGCAGUAUAGAGUACGGAGUGCAUUUUCAUUGAGGUAUAGUUUUGCUUUCUUUAUAAUUGAGAGGCUUUUGGAGAUUUUUGUUUUAAUGUGUCUGACAUGAGGUUUCCAUGAUAGUUUACUAUCAAUUAUUACUCCCACAAAUGUAUUCUCAUUUACGAUUUCAAUUUGGGUACCAUCAAUACUUAUUUUCUGUUCAGACGUUAUGUUGCGAUUUCCAAACAUUACUAUCUUAGUUUUAUUUAUAUUCAAAGAUAAUUUAUUUGUGUCCAUCCAUUUUUUUUUUUACUAUGUUUAGUUCUGUUGACUGUAUUUAUUAGCUCAUUAUAGUCAUCACUACUGUAGAAUAUAUUUGUCCAUCAAUCCAUCCAUCUUCUUCCGCUUAUCCGAGGUUGGGUCGCGGGGGCAGCAGCCUAAGCAGGGAAGCCCAGAUUUCCCUCUCCCCAGCCACUUCGUCCAGCUCUUCCUGUGGGACCCCGAGGCGUUCCCAGGCCAGCCGGGAGACAUAGUCUUCCCAACGUGUCCUGGGUCUUCCCCGCGGCCUCCUACCGGUCGGACGUGCCCUAAACACCUCCCUAGGGAGGCGUUCGGGUGGCAUCCUGACCAGAUGCCCGAACCACCUCAUCUGGCUCCUCUCGAUGUGGAGGAGCAGCGGCUUUACUUUGAGCUCCUCCUGGAUGGCAGAGCUACUCACCCUAUCUCUAAGGGAGAGCCCCGCCACCCGGCGGAGGAAACUCAUUUCGGCCGCUUGUACCCGUGAUCUUGUCCUUUCGGUCAUA